AUGCCGUUUGCUUUCUACCCGCAUUUGAGGAAGUAUAUUGUGUUAGCAAGGGUUGAUAAGAAUAACGAAUUCCUGUUGACAAUGCAGACUACAAUAGAAAAAUAUUCGUCAAAAACAAAAGCUUCAGCUGCUGACCAUGAUAAACAAUACAGCAAUGUGGUUGGAAGAGCUAUCGAUGAUGAAGGUAUGAUGGAACUAGUACUGCUUGACUUUAGUGAAGCAUUCGAUACAAUAGAUCACACGAUAUUACCAGAAAUAUUAAAAUCUUGCGGUGCUAAUGCUGCGUCAACAGAGCUGGAGAAUUCAUAUCUUUAA